AUGAACUCUUCAAAUGAUAAUAAAAUUUCAUGGAAAUUAAAUACUCGAUUAAGAAUAUCGUUAUUUCUUAUAAUCAUUGUAUUGUUACUAGCUUAUCAAAUAUUUGUAAUUGUAGACCAAUAUCCGGAUCUAUUAGAAAAACAAUGGUGGAGUGAUUCUAGGGAUGAUGUAAUAUUAUAUAACGUUUCAUCCUUGACAAAAAUUCAAUACAAUUUCCCCUAUUCGAGUUUAAAAAAAAAAUUUAUUGAAACAAAAGCAGAAAAAAAACUACGAGAAGAACGCAAAGAAUCGAUCAAAAAAGGAUUUUUACACGCAUGGAAUGGAUACGUCAAAUACGGUUGGGGAUCUGAUGAAAUUUUACCUAUAACUAAUACUUCAAGGAAUAAUUUUAAUGGAUGGGGAGCCACGAUGGUUGAUGCAUUAGACACCAUGUGGAUAAUGAACCUUAAAGCUGAAUUUAUGAAUGCUACGGAUUAUUUAGCUAAUGUUAAUUUUGCUAAUUCAAGUAUGGACAUUAGUGUAUUCGAAACCACUAUAAGGUAUUUAGGCGGAUUAUUAAGUGCGUACGAAUUAUCUGGUAAAGAAAUUUUAUUAGAAAAGGCAAUAGAACUAGGUGAAGCUAUGUUAUACGCUUUUGAUUCUCCUUCUGGAUUACCUUAUAACACUUGGAAUAUCACGAGGGGAAGACAUAGAUCAGUUUAUCGUGGUGGGAUAUUAUCUCAAGUUGGAACUUUACAAUUAGAAUAUAUGAAGUUGGCUCAAUUAACCGGAAAUAGUUCCUUCUUCUACGCAGUGCAAAAGGUAACAGAUGUUCUUGAUAAAGCAAAGAAAGAAAUUCCCGGUCUUUACCCUCUCUACAUUGAUAUAGAAUCUGGAAAAUUUACUAGUCGUCAAAUAAGUUUCGGAUCCAUGGGUGACAGUUUUUAUGAGUACUUGAUCAAACAAUACGUGUAUAUUGGAGGUGCAAUUGAUCAAUAUAGGAGAAUGUGUCAGGUUAAAGAUCGUCCUGAUUUGUUGUUUCUUGGAGAAUACUCUACUGGACAAUUUGGUUCAUUUAUUUCUAGAAUGGAACAUUUGUCCUGUUUUGCACCAGGAAUGUUGGCGAUUGGAUCAAAAAUUUUACAUCGACCAAAAGAUUUAGAAGUAGCAAUAAGAUUGGCGGAAUCAUGUUAUUGGGCUUAUAAUUCAACAACGACGGGAAUUGGUCCGGAAUCUAUUUAUUUUUUAAUCAAAAAUGUGACCGCAAAUUCAAUCUGGUCGCAACAUGCUGGUAAUUUACCUGAUGGACUUUAUAGAAUAGACGGAAGUUAUUUACUCAGACCAGGAUGA